GACACCCCUACCCCUAUAAAAGGUUCUGGAAAGGAUACCACUUCCUCAUUACCUUUUAUGUAUUGGAUUGGGGGUCUGUGCAUGUGUGUGUGUGUGUGUGUUUUUAGAUUACUUUGUCCCGGGCCCAGACAAAGCAGUCAGGUUUGGUUCUUAGCCAAUAGCUACUCCUUCAGGAGACCUCCUAAGCUUAACUGAAAUCCGAUCAGGGAGAGCACUGAGGACAUAUUGUUUGAACUACCAUUAGACCCAGAAAGUCUCUACCAAACACUAUAUGUUUGCUACCAUGAAAAACAAAGCUGCAAGUAAUGUCUUUAUAUGUUUGCUUGUAUAUUUCACAAAUUCUUUGGCAGAGAGAAAAGAUCUGACGGGGAAGAUGUUCACCUUUCCUGUGGAGUCUGACACUGCUCAUGUCGUCUUGGUGCCACUACCAACCCAAAUCAAGACACUGACUGCAGUCACCGUCUGUCUGCGUUUCUUCUCCGACCAAACAAGAGCACAGAGCCUAUUCUCUUUUGCCACUCCGGCCCAUUCAAACGCAUUCCUCCUCUACAAAAACAUCCACAGCAUGUACGAAAUAAAUGUGUACGACAACGUGGUGGCAUUCAGAGCAAUGGAGGACAUUCCAAAUCAGUGGAAUUCCGUCUGCGCUACGUGGGAUUCCAAGACAGGCAUUGCGCAGCUUUGGGUCAACGGCAAACCAAGUGCAAGAAAAGGAGUGCACCGUGGAGGUCCCAUCACAGAGGAGCCCAGUAUCAUCCUAGGUCAAGAUCAGGACAGUUAUGGAGGCACAUUUGACAAAGCGCAGUCUUUUGUGGGAAUGGUCACGGAUGUUCACAUGUGGAAUUCAGUUCUUUCUUACUCUGCGCUCGCUUUGUACAUGAACCGAAUUCCACAGGCACAUGAUGGCAACGUGAUCAACUGGGAGUCACUGGACUUCACCUGUAGGGGCUAUGUACUUGUAGAGGACCAAGUGAGUGGGAUGCGUGUUUAAAAAAAAUACUCGUGCUUUAGCUUUCAUUCCCUGUCCCCCCAGAGGUAGCCAGACUCUCAUCACUCUCAUUCUCACCCUAAUUGGAACCCAUUCAUCUGGAGAGAGUCAGGUGACCCCAGAGGAGGUUGGCCAGGUAUUGCAAUAGGCUCGUUCAUGACG